AUAGACAACCAAAAGGAAGCCAUUGACGUGGAAGACUUCCCAAAGACGGUUCGAGCCGCAGUGGAAAUCACUAAAGGACUUGGCCUUGAGUACCUUUGGGUAGAUGAUGUUUGCAUCAUCCAGGACUCCGCCGAGGACUGGGAGAAGGAGGCCGCAAAGUUGGCGCACUGA